UUGACCUCAGUACUCCUUACAGAUCAAGAUUUCAUCUCUCGCUCUAUAAAACCCUAAAUCACUAAUCACUUCGCUUCCAUCAAACACCACUCCCUUCUGUCACCAUGACUUCCCUCCCCACCUGCUCCGCCGCAGAACUAACCCCACUCCUCGGCCUUGCUGCCAACGCCACUGCUGCAGCCGACUACAUCUGCACCCGCUUCACCGCCACCUCGGACAAAUUCACCAACACCACAUACGCCAUUGACAACACCUAUCUCCUCUUUUCCGCCUACCUAGUGUUCGCCAUGCAACUUGGAUUUGCCAUGCUCUGCGCAGGUUCCGUCAGGGCCAAGAACACCAUGAACAUCAUGCUCACGAACGUCUUGGACGCCGCUGCUGGAGGUCUUUCUUAUUACAUCUUCGGAUUUGCUUUUGCCUUCGGUGGACCCUCCAAUGGUUUCAUUGGCAAACACUAUUUUGGGCUGAAGUCGAUCCCAUCAGCGGUUUACGACUACAGUUUCUUUCUUUACCAGUGGGCAUUUGCCAUAGCUGCUGCGGGUAUCACCAGUGGUUCCAUUGCAGAGAGAACUCAGUUUGUGGCUUACCUGAUUUACUCUUCGUUCUUGACAGGUUUUGUGUAUCCGAUAGUGUCACAUUGGGUGUGGUCUAGUGAUGGUUGGGCCAGUGCCACACGGACAAGUGGCAGUCUUCUCUUUGGAUCAGGAGCCAUCGACUUUGCUGGCUCUGGUGUGGUCCACAUGGUGGGUGGGAUCGCUGGUCUUUGGGGUGCGUUAAUCGAAGGUCCACGAAUUGGGAGAUUUGAUCGUUCUGGUAGGUCCGUAGCCUUACGUGGACACAGUGCCUCACUUGUAGUGUUGGGCACCUUCCUUCUAUGGUUCGGUUGGUAUGGUUUCAAUCCUGGUUCUUUCUUGACAAUCUCAAAAUCUUAUGGUACUUCGAAUAGUUAUUAUGGUCAAUGGAGCGCUGUUGGAAGAACAGCUGUCACCACAACAUUGGCUGGAUGCACUGCAGCGCUAACUACUUUGUUUGGGAAACGACUACUAGUUGGCCAUUGGAAUGUGACCGAUGUAUGUAAUGGUUUGCUAGGAGGUUUUGCAGCUAUUACUUCCGGUUGUGCAGUGGUUGAGCCAUGGGCUGCAGUCGUAUGCGGCUUUGUUGCAGCUUGGGUUCUAAUAGGAUGUAACGUACUCGCAGAAAAGUUUAAGUACGAUGACCCACUAGAGGCAGCACAAUUGCAUGGUGGUUGUGGGUCAUGGGGUCUAUUAUUCACAGGGUUGUUUGCGAAGAAACAGUAUGUUCACGAGGUGUAUGCAACUGGACGACCUUAUGGGCUUUUAAUGGGCGGUGGUGGAAAGUUACUAGCGGCUCAGAUCAUCCAAAUACUGGUAAUCAUUGGAUGGGUGAGUGUGACUAUGGCCCCACUCUUUUAUGCAUUGAAAAAACUCAACUUGUUGAGGGUGUCAACAGAAGAUGAAAUGCAAGGAAUGGAUAUGACUAGACAUGGAGGAUUUGCGUAUGCUUAUCAUGAUGAAGAUGCUAGUGUUCAUACACCAAUAGGGUUUAUGAUGAGAAAGGUUGAACCAGCAAGUGCAAGUCCAUCACCAGUUCACAACACAACAAGCAUGGUUGUGUAGCUCAACCAUCUCCUCCUCUAUUAGGGUUUUAUGUUGUCAGGGAUAGGAUAGAAUCAGAAACUUCAACAAUGGAAAAAAUUGGCUUUCACUAGUUUAUUAUCAUAAACGGGGUUCGUGAAGUAAGUUGGUUAUCAAUGAACCC